CUAUCAACAAUGGAGGGUUAGCCCACACAACCCAAGAAUUCCGCCCUCACCGUCGUGGAAGCCGCGAAGCGUACAUUUCCCCCUCCCCCCCUUCGCCUCUUCGCAUUGCCUUCUCGUGGCGAUGGAGACGGAGAGCGACUCCGAUGAUAACAAGUCUCUGCCACCAGCCACCACUGAGUCUCCACCACAGUCUGCGCCUGACCAGCAACCGCCCCUAUCAAAGAGAGCACAGAAGAAGCUGCUGAAGCAGCAGCGGUUCGAGGCCAAGAAGGCGGAGAAGAAGGCACAAUUGAAGGAGCACAAGCAGAGGGAGGCUGAGCGGAAGCGGAGGGAAUGGGCGGAGAGGCUAGCGGGGCUGAGCGAAGAGGAGAAGCUGAAGCUGAUUGAGGAGCGGAAGAGCGUGAGGAGAGAGAGGAUGGAGAAGAGGUCCGAAGAGAAAGGGAAGAAGAUAGAGAGGCUGACUAGAGCAAAAGAAAGCGGUCAGAAUUUCGUUAUCGAUCUCGAGUUCUCUGAUCUUAUGACCUCCAAUGAACUCCAAAGCCUCGUCCAACAGAUUAUGUACUGUUAUGCCAUGAAUGGAAGAUGUGAGACUCCUGCACACCUUUGGUUGGCAGGCUAUCAAGGUGAAAUGCAAAACCUAUUGGAAAAAACACCAGGGUAUGAUAAGUGGUUAAUUGAGAAGGAAAGCCGUCCAUAUAUUGAGGCAUUCCAAGAUCAGAAGGAAAAUCUUGUAUAUCUCACUGCCGACUCUGAGAACGUUCUAGAUGAACUUGAUCCAAAGAAGGUCUAUAUAAUUGGUGGGUUGGUGGAUCGGAAUCGGUGGAAAGGCAUAACCAUGAAUAAAGCAAAAGAGCAAGGGAUUCAAACAGCAAAGCUCCCUAUUGGAAACUACUUAAAGAUGUCGAGUUCUCAGGUCCUCACUGUCAAUCAAGUAGUAGAGAUACUUUUAAAGUUCUUGGAAUUGAGAGAUUGGAAGGCUUCAUUUUUUGAAGUCAUCCCUCAAAGGAAAAGAUGUGAGGCAGACUCUGAAGAUGUUCACGAUGAACCAGAAGCGGAAGACAACGCACAGGAACAGGGUGAUGAUCACCAAGACAUGAAAAGGCAGUGCAUUGAAGGAAAACAGCUAAGUAAUCCAGUCUAGAAGAUUGGUCUUUUGUAGUGAAUAUGGAUGAGAGAUUUUUUGCAGGUUUCUUCCUUUCUGUAGCUUGAAAGUUUUUGGGAAAUUGCAGAAUACCAUACUGUGUUUUGUUGAGUUGUAUUUUUGAUAGUUAAGAAGAAGCUGUUAGGUUUCUGAAUUUUGACUAGAAAGCAGGAAACAAUUACUUGAUAAAAUUCAAAAUCUACAAUUAGAAACAUCAAUCUUCAGAGUUGGGGCAAUGCAGCCUUUCUUUGGAGUUUGGAGUAAAGCAGCAGACCAAACAUUCUAAAUUAAAAUCCUAAUCAUUACA